CACUGAAUCUGUCCCGGAUCUUUCUGGACUCUUCUUUUCUCAGCUGCCCACCACUUCUUCUGCUAAACCUCUUCAGUCCUCAGAACCUUCUUCUUCAUCUCUUCUCUAGACUCGAAAAGAAAGAUCAAAGAUCCUUCCUUCAUUCUUUCAACCCCAGUACUCAAAAACUACUUCUCCCAUUUCUUUGUUCACCCAAUUUUUUUAAUCCCUCGAAAGAAAAAAAAUACAAAAAAGAAGAAGAAGACAAUGUUCGGAGUAGUGUUCCCAAACCGCAGCUUCCCUAUGGACAUCUCCACGUUCACUCAAAUCGACACCUUCCAUUGGAUCCUCGACAUGAAUACUUUCGUGGGUGAAGCUUACGAUUCAAUUCGAGAAAUCUGCAUAUUCCUUCUCAACAACUUCACACUCCCUCCAGAAAAAGCCCUGGCCGUCUACAUUCAAUCCCCCGGUUCCCCUUUUCUGUACUGCGGCGCGGUGACUAUCACGCGCCCUUCUGCAGUUCUAUCUCUGCCGUGGCCGGAGCCCGGUGGACAGUUACAACUCACAGCGCCGGAUUCAGCUCCAUUAUCUGCGAAAAUUGGGGUUUCGGUGGAGGACAUUUCGUCCCUCCCCUCCCUUGAUGUUGCUGCUGAAAAGAAAAUCGAACGGUUGGCCAUGAAAGUUGGAGAGAAUUUGUUCAAUUUUAUGCAGUCUUUUUGUGGGGUUGAUGGGAGUAAGCUGGUAGUGCCCAUGGAUAUUUUGGACCGGUGGUUUAAGAAGUUUCAGGAGCGGGCGAAGCGGGACCCUGAGUAUUUGAAGGGUUUUGCUUUGUAGUUUUGAGGCCGAGCAUUGACCAUGAUAGAAAGGACAAAAAGAAUGAAGAACUUAUAAGAGAACAAAAGGUUUGGUUUUUUUCUUCUUGUCUGAAGUAGUAUCAACUAAGUAUAAGACUAAAGUUUAAGAAGCGGAGUGGUUCAAUACUGGAAAGUAGUUUCAUUGAUGCUUCAGGAUUUUGUUGUGUGGUAGUAAUGUUAGUUGUGUGGCAUAAUGUUAUUUCUUUGGCUUCAUAAUUCUGUGGGAAAGUUUUGACCUUUUUUAUCUGGCGAGCGCUUUGUAGACUGUUACAAGUUGGAGGCCUGAAAAAAUGUCUGAACUGAAUAAAAAUGCGAUGUAUUACUCCUAUCCAGAUUGAACCAAAUCUGAGGUGUAGUUUUAUGCCCGCAGUUCCAUCUGGUAGAAUUUAUAGAUAAGCACUAAUAAUGGAAUUUUUGUUGUUAGCACUUGACAUGGUUUUGUCCUCAUAAGCUCUUGGUUAAGAUAGACGAUUCAGAUGUAGGUAAUCAGAAGGAAAAUUUAAGAAGUAGAAGCCUUUUCAGCUAAAUAGAGUCUCUAGUGGCUUUGGAAAUCAUGGCAAAAUCAUCCUGGAACAAAUGAAAUGCUGUGAUCUAUGACUUCAGGAAACUGGAUAGAAUUUAGUGGAAAUUGAGGAAUAAAUCCUCAAAAAGUAACAGAUCGAGGAAUUCUGCAGUACUUCCAAAUGUGACUGAAGUGAUGCUCUGGCAUUUCUGGUGAUUGCUUAUUUUUAAUGUCGUCUGCUUUUAUCCCUUUUGUUCAUGUUUCUUUGUUUGCCUGAUACGUUGAAAGCAUGUGAUGUAAAUUUAGAGGAU